CGGGUGUAGAACACCAUAUGUAAACACAGAAAUUCACUCCAGAUUCAUCAAACAUGUCAUCCAUCCUUCUCAAAAGUGUUAUAAUAGGACUUUUAAAUGUCAUCUCUGUUUUCUCAAGUAAUGUCUCUGUUGACCCCUGCAACAACUACACUGUUCUGAAUGAUUCAAGAAGAUCCACCAGCUAUUAUUCUUCAUCCUCCAUGUGUGACAUAGAUGUCAACUGGGUCGGCUGGUAUCGUCUUUAUCUUAAUGGUCAGAACAUUCGAAUGUCAGAAACAUGUGUGUCAAUAUACAGAUGUGGUACUAAUGUUCCACUGUGGCUCAGUGAUGGACACCCAAAACCUGAGGAUGGAGUGGUGACCAGACAUGUUUGUGGUCACUGGAACAAUUACUGCUGUUAUUUUCAGUCAUUUCCCAUUCGAGUCAAAGCCUGUCCAGACAAUUAUUAUGUCUAUGAGUUUGUUAAACCAACUGUAUGUGACAGUGCAUACUGUGCAGAUGUGAACAGCAUCAACCAAACCUUCACAACUGUCUCACCAGUGAUCACCACAACAGUUUCAGGUGUAAAUAUGACACAGCUGUCAAACUGCUCGGAGACCUCAUGCAUACAGAAUCUCCUCAACCAGAUAGAGAAUAUUACAGUUCUCUCUUUAGAUAAUGUGAAAAAUCUUUUUGAUCUGGUAUUUAAUACUUCAGAGAAGAUUUCCAUCUCAUCAUCGAGUGACCCAAAUAAACUAAAGUCAGAAGGAAACCAGGUGUUAAAAGCCAGCGAGAAGCUCGUUUCCAUGUUGGUGAAGCCGACAAACAUUUCUGACAAUGUCAGUUUCACUCGUGAGUCUGUAGAGGCACAAGUCUUCAUGGUUGGACCACAGGUCACAUUAAAUGAAAUUCCUCGGCUCGACACAACAAAUGCAUCUGUGGACAUUGAUCUCAUUGGGAUUGUCAAGAAUAACAAUGAAACAGGAUCAGGAUCAGCUGCUGUGGCGUUCAUGAGCUACACCACAGUGGAGAAUCUACUGAAGGCAGAAUUCUUCAACACAUCAGAUAACACAUCAGUUAAAACCAUGAUGUCCACUGUCAUCUCAGCUACUCUUCCAAAAACCACCAACAAACAGCUCACAAAACCAGUCAACUUCACCCUCAAACACAUCAGAGAGUUUGUGUCUGGAGGGAAUAUGUCGUGUGUGUACUGGAACAUCACUGAGUGGAUUGUAGAUGGUUGUUCUGUUUUAGACACAAACAGCAGCUACACUGUGUGUUCAUGUGUUCAUCUGUCAACAUUCGCUCUCAUCAUGCAAACCAGCAGCACAGCACCAGAGGAUGAUCAUCUGAUGAAAGUGUUGAAUUUAGUGGCUGUGCUGGUGGGUCUGGUGUUUAAUAGUUUGGCUCUGUUGACUUUUGCUUUCUGUCGAUGGAAACCUGGAGUGAACAAUGUGGCUCGAAUCAACCUCUGCAUCAGUCUGCUGUCGGCUCAUCUUCUGUUCUUACUCACACAACGCUUCCUCAAACUCAUCAAACCUGACCAGAUGUUCUGUAAUGUGCUGUCAGGAUUUCUUCACUUUCUCUUUCUCUCCUGCUUCGUGUGGAUGUUCAUUGAAGCUGUGCUGCUCUACAUCUGUGUGAAGAACCUAUCACAGAUCAGCUCCAGACAGAGGGCGGUGCUUAGCAGCAGGUUCUUGAUUGUGAUUGGAUAUGUCAUUCCUCUGGUUAUAGUGGGCGUGUCUGUUGGAUUGGUUCCUAAAGGCUAUGGCAGUGACAAAUGCUGGAUUAAACUGAACUUAAUCUGGAGUUUUCUGGGACCUGUUUGCGUCAUUCUCGCAAUAAACAUGAUUCUCUUCAUCAGAAUCAUCAUCAGUCUGAACUCAACUCUCUCAAAGCUGAACGCUGAAGUUUCACGGAUGAAACAAACCAAGAUUAUGGUUUUUAAAACACUGGCUCAGUUUGUUGUUCUUGGUUGUCCCUGGAUUCUGGGUUUCUUCACUAAAGACAAUAAGAUGAUGGAGAUUCUCUUCCUGAUCCUGAACUCACAGCAGGGAACCUUCAUCUUCCUGAUCUACUGUCUCCUCAAUAAUGAGGUCAGACAGCAGUAUGUGAAGUGGAUGAGAGCUCUGUUCCCCGGACUCAAACCCAAAACCAUCAAAGACGCCCCCAAAAAACACUGAGGACCUGAAGUUUCACUUUUAAUAGUUAUUACAGUAAAAUACUACAGAAGAAUCAUUUAUUUUAUAUUAUACAUGCCAAUCUGUAUAAGUCUUACUUCAGAGGUGUCUGAAUGUUUUUUUUAUCAUCUCUAGUACAAGGAAACUCUUUAUUUGGUGGGGGGUUAUGUUUUAUGUUUAGUAAUACUUGUUUUUAUAUUUACAAAUAUUCUUGUUUGUCUGGAAGAAAACAGUGGCAUUUCACUAUUUCAUGUUUCCUUAUUACGCUGAUGUUCAGUUCAUUAUGACACAAUAGAAGAGUGAAAUCUAUUGAAUAUGUUAAACAGCCUCUUUUACUC